UCCGCUUUCCUUCGAUAAAAUUGCCAAAUAAUAAUGAAUCAUUUCAUAAAUAAUGGGUUUAGAAGCUUAUCAGGGCAGGCGGGCCACUGCUGGGGUUUUAUCUCUCUCGGCCACAUUGCAGUAGUGUUCCGCUCUCCAUACUAAAUAGGAAACUGGACGUGAUGUGGAAUUAGAGCCUACCCAGCUGAAGCCACCCAACACUUACUACAAAUAUAGCCGCGAUGCGUAGGCCACAAAAUGGCUCCACUCACUUUUCCCAAUGAAAAGCAAAUGGAUUUAGCAGUUUUAUCCCGAUGCGGGUGUCCUUCCUCUCUGUAAAGUCGUAAGUACCUUGAGGUGGGAGGAGUAAAUUCAGCCUGACACUGAGAGCGCUUUUGUUGAAACAGGAGAGACUUGCGGUGUCCCUACUUAAAUAUGACACAUCCUAUCAGAAACGAAAUAAAAAAUUACCCGAGGCAAGGGAGCGAGAAGGAUGGGUGGCAGCUCUCUGCUCCAUGAAGCUCCUUAUUUAUACAGAAAAGAAUAAUCAAUCAAUAAAAAAAUAAUCCAAAAACGAAUGAGGGCAUAUGUGGGAGAUAAAGCAUAGAAAUAAUCGCGAUAUCGCUGCCUGCCCUUGGCGGGAGGUGCCCUGUCGCGACAGCAUUUGUUCUGUGGGAGAAGGGACAAUGCUGUGUGCGGCCGCGGCCGGGCCCCUUCCUCCUUCCUGCGGUAGCGAAUGCGCGGGGGAUUGACUCCGUUAGGGGCUGGGUUAACCCCCUCUCCCCCAAAAAGCGAUUUCAGGCAUAUUUCGAUAGUUUAUAAAUAACAAUACAAAAUAAUCAUGGGAGGAGAAAUUGCCGCCCGUGAGGCUAAGGCCGCUCCAGGCAGGCCGGGCCGCGCCCGGGCUGGCUCCGCAGGGCAGCAAACACCUCCGGGGACCCCAAAACCGGGAGAAAUGCCCCCAGAACGGGGGGAUGUGUGCUGAGCCUCCGCCGUAAUUCGGCCGCGCGAUUUACCCCGCAGCCUCGGCGGGGUGCGGGCGCUGCCCGAGCCCCGUGGCUGCCCGGCCGAGCCGCCGGUGCCGCUGUGGAUCCCCGGGGGCGCCGGGGCCGGCCGGGGCUCCGGCCCGUCCCCGCCGUGCGGGACCGGGGCGCCGCCAGACGUCAGAGCGCCGCUCCGCCAGGCUCCGUGACGUCACGGCAGGGCCGGGGCGCCCCGUGACGUCACGGCACGGCUUGGCGGGGUGGACCCACAGAACCCCCCCUAGUCCCGCCAGCAAACUCUAAAUUAUUCGGGGUGAUCAGGAACUCCCCCGUUUCUCACCGACGAGGUGUAAGCCCCGAAGCGCCCUCCCCGUCGGGGCGGUGCCCGCGGAGGGGUAAAGCCCCCCUGGCCCCCUGCGGGCCGCCCCUGAGCGCUGCCUCUCUCCGCAGGACGAUGGACAGGCCGCCCGCCCCGCCGCCCCCCAGUGACCCCCGCGAUGCCCGCCCCGCCCGGCGGCACGACUCGGAAGCGGAGACCACGAGCGAGCCGGAGAGCAGCCGCGGGGGCAUGGAGGCGCCGGCGGACCCCCAGCUGCUGCUCAACGGGGCGGCCAAGGAGGCGGGCCGGCCCUCCCCCGGGCCCCCCGCCGCCCCCGUGCCCGUCAUCGAGCUGGUGCGCCGCGGGGGCUCCCUGGACAUAAAAAGCCGAGAGGCGGCGGGGGAGGCGAUGCAGAGAGCGCCGGGAGCCGAGCCGUGCCGCGCCGCCGAGGCCGCCUGCGAGGCCCGCAUGGUGCAGCUGAGCCCCCCCGCGCUCCCGCUGCAGCCCCCUGGCAGGGCCAUGCUCUACAACCUGGGCCAGCCGCUGGCCACCAUCAACAGCGGGUUUUUCGGAGAGCCAGACUCCUUCUCCAUGUACGGCAGCAACCGGGUGAAGCGGAGACCCUCUCCGUACGAGAUGGAGAUCACGGACGGUCCUCACACGAAGGUGGUUCGCCGCAUCUUCACCAACAGCCGGGAGCGGUGGAGGCAGCAGAACGUCAACGGGGCCUUCGCGGAGCUGCGCAAGCUCAUCCCCACCCACCCGCCCGACAAAAAACUCAGCAAGAACGAGAUCCUGCGCCUGGCUAUGAAGUACAUCAACUUCCUGGCCAAGCUGCUCAACGACCAGGAGGAGGAAGGCAACCAAAGGGGCAAAGUGAACAAAGACUCGGGGAUAGUCCAGGAGGACCUCCUGCAGGACAUGCUGUCCCCCAACUCCAGCUGCGGGAGCUCCCUGGACGGAGCAGCGAGCCCGGACAGCUUCACGGAGGAGCACGAGGCGCUGGACUCGAAGCACGCGCGGAGCCUGCACCACGCCAUCCUCCCCGUCGAGGGCAGCGCGCAGCGGUGAUGAGCCUCACGCUGCUCCCCAGGCGCCACGGGAAGGGCCAGGCCUGGCUCUGCGGCGGCUGGAACUUGUGCUGGUGGCUUUGGGACUCUGCCUUUCCCCGGGAGCUCGGGCUGCCCGCUUUCCCCAGCCCUGGGAGCAGCGGCCGGCUGAGGACAAGGCCGACCCAGAUGGACGUUCGGGGUUUAGGUACGCGACCGUACAAAGAAGAAAAGAGCUGCAGUCGUCUUCGUUGUACAGAACUGCUCGGGAUGGGACUCUGAGGAGGGCAAGGAGAAGUGGCUGGUGCCUCUCCAGCGUCUAGAGGGUUUUCAGACCGCUUGGUGACUGUCUCUUUUCAAACAGUCAUCUGGGUGAGGCGUGGAACUCCUCUUUCACUGCCCACGGCGCUUUCCAGCUCCACGUGGUGCUGGAAACUGCUCAUCACACCAGUGCUGCAGCACUGCUCCAGCCUGUGGCACAUCCAGCUGGUCUGAGCACGAGCUUGGCCACAUAUUCCUGUUGUCCGAGAGCUUUUGACUGUAUCUUUUUAAAGAGGCAAAAAAAUACCCUCAGCAAAAGGACUAUUAAAAGGAUUUAGACUAUUUCUUUUUCUUUCCUUUUCUCUUUUUCUUUUCUUUUUUUUUUUUUUUUUUUUACUUUCCCUUUCUUCCUUUCUCUUCUACCUAAUUUUGGAUUGUUUGGGCUUGUUGUAUUUAUGAUGUGGGAUUACUUCUGUUUAACACUGUCAUGCAGUAUCCACUGAAUGAAAAGGUACAUAGGUAUUUUCUGCCACCCUCCCAGUCCGUGAUCCUUCUGCUGGUAACACUCAGCAGGAGAAUUUUAAGCCUGCUGUGGUCUCCUAGAGUUUUUCCAGUGAUUUCUGUGGGGCCAGAGCUUCUCUCAAGAAAGAUGAAUUUCAGAGUGGGUAAGGGAAGAAAAUAUUUGCUAGUGAAGUAUCUCUUUGGACUGGGGAGUUUUUAAAUUCAAAAAAGCAAAAAAAAAGGGCAAAGGGAGUCAAUGAUGUAUCAACAGUGUGCGUGUACAUAGGGUUAUAAAAAGGUUUUUUGAUGGUAUGCUUUGAAUUUUUUGGCUUUAUUGUGUGAAAAUGGUAAUUCAGUUCUGCCAAUGCCCACAGUGUGGACAAUAGUGCUGGAUUUAUUCUGGUGUUAGGAAGGUCCUCACCUAUCAAGGCUGGUGGGAGUCCACAGCCUCUCUGAAUCUUGUGGGGAAGCAGCAAAAACAGUGGUGGGAUUAACCUCCAUUCCUGAGUGCUCAGAUUGCUGCAAAACUGAGCUCUGUGUCUGAGCUGCUCCUCUGAUCCUGCUGCCCCCCAGGAGGAUGUUUGGGAGACAGGAGGACAGGAGGACAGGGGGACAGGGGGACAGGAGGACAGGGGAGCAGGAGGCUGCUGCUGUGGUGGUGGGAGCUGAGAACCACACCGUGCCAUCACUGCUGCAUCAGGCCCAUCUCUCACCAGCCCAUCUCCUGAGGCCUGAUGCAGCAAUUGCCUCAAACCCAUCCUCUCCCUCUGCAGAGAUGUCCAGGCACAGGAAUCUCUACCAUGAUACAGUAGGAAAAAAAAACCCAAACCAAACCCACACACAAACAUCCUUUGGAAGGGAAUAAACCUUUCUGAGUGGGGACACCUUCCACCACACUCGUGCCUUCCCAAGGAUGCUGAGGUACAGGGGAACACAGAGGAUUUGAGUGGGUGUCUGCAGGUCUGUCCAGGCUUUAUUCAGAGCCCUGUCCUUUCCGUCCCUGCUUGGUUUUGAUGCCUCUUUGUAAAUAAUAGGUAAGAGUCUGGCAAGUGGCUUGGUGUGUUAGGCGGAAUUACUUGCCUGGGAAGGGAUCCUGGCCCAUACAAGGAUUUCUAGCAUAGUCCCCAAAAUUUUUGGAAAGCACCAAUGUCCCCCAUCUUAAAUUGGGGGAAAGGAGGGAAGUUCUUGGUUCUGGAUGGCCUGUGCACAGGGGUUUUUACUAGAGGGGUUUUUACCUGCAGGGCUGGGCCAGGGAAGGUGCUGGUGGGUGAGGAAGCAAUGCUGAGGAAGAGGUUUGGACUGGUACUGGUGCCAGGGGCAGGAGAGGCAAGCAGGGGGGGCUGCCAGGGGGCCCUCGGGGGGACAGGGGUGUGCUGUCACACAGGUAAAGCCAUUCCUGGUUCCCAAAUAACCCUGGGCGGGAUAUGUGGGGGUUUUACACCCUCAUUACUAAACCGUCGCAAGAAAAAAAAAUAAUUCACUGAUGCUCAGAAAUCCCUCAUUCCACACAAAUCCAUCACUCCUUGUUUGUAUCUUCUCGGUAGCUGAACAGUCGGGAAAAUGGUACAACCUUGUCAGCACCCCCAAAAGCCCCCAGGCACAGGCGCUCCUGCAGGGAGUGCUCGAGGCCCUCGGGGUAUGUACAGUUGUACUUUAAUUGUGAUUUGAAUGGUACAUUUCCUCUGCCCACCUCUCCCCCUGCCUGCUUCACCUCUCUCUGUGUGGACCAUCACCCCCGUUCCUGUUGGAAACAGCGCUCUGGGGCAGUGUUGUGCCGUGUGAGUGAAUUCCCGCCUUACCAAUUUUGGUUUUUUCAGCCCCAUCCCUUUCUCUGCCACCCUCCCCUUGGAUUUCUGCAUUUUUUCUGCAGAAAUGAAGUAACCAGACCUGGUACCCUGAGUCUCAACUCACUGUGGAUGUGCUAUUUAGAAAAACACAUUUGUUGUAAUGUGUGUGUAUAUAUAAAUAUAUAUAUAUAAUGAAUAUAUCAAGAAUAUUUCUAAAUAAAGUUUUACAAAGCAGCCUCCACUCGCUGUCUGCCUCUGUCCCACCUCACCACUUGAACCCAUCAUUAAUUUGGCGUUCCACCCCUGAGCGUUGUGGGGUGAGGAUGCCAGGGUGGCCCAUUCCCAGCCGGCCAAAGACAUAAACGGGCAGAAAAAAAAAAAAAAGUUGUAAAACGGUCUGCUAAUUUUUUUUUUCCUUGCUUGACUCACACGUCCAGCCGGGGCGGGAGGAAGAGCGCGGGGCCGGCAGGAAGGAAGGCGGGCGAUGAAGCAAUGCCCCGCCGCAGGCGAGCGUUACCAGCCACCCCCAGCCUGGCACCCGCAGGUCCCCCAAAGGCUCCAGUGGCCUUUUCCCUUCUUUUGGCCAAGCUGACUGUGCAAGGAAGGGGCUGCUGGGGGCCGUGCUACUUCCCUUUGCACCACGGCAGGCAUUCGGCCAUGGUUUAACAGGCAGUGAU